AGGGGUAUGAAUAUUUCCGGAUGCACUGUAUGUUCACUCAGCCAUUUGGUGCUGAUCAGCAAUAUAGACAGGUCAGUUGUGUUAACAAGGCAAUGUAGGCUGUUGCUCAACAGUGUGGUUGAUAUGACAUCAUGAUAGAUGCAUGGAUAGUUGAGUUCAGUGUUGAGAGGAAGCUGUUGAGCUUAAUGGAUGUGUCCUAGGUCUAAAUCCACCAAUCAUGUGUGACAUUCAAUCUUCUACCCAGACACAGAUCUUAUUAUCCCCAGAUCCAGUGUUCUUCUACCCAGACACAUAUCUUAUUAUCUCCAGAUCCAAUGUUCUUCUACCCAGACACAUAUCUUAUUAUCCUCAGAUCCAGUGUUCUUCUACCCAGACACAUAUCUUAUUAUCCUCAGAUCCAGUGUUCUUCUACCCAGACACAUAUCUUAUUAUCCUCAGAUCCAAUGUUCUUCUACCCAGACACAUAUCUUAUUAUCUCCAGAUCCAAUGUUCUUCUACCCAGACACAUAUCUUAUUAUCUCCAGAUCCAAUGUUCUUCUACCCAGACACAUAUCUUAUUAUCUCCAGAUCCAAUGUUCUUCUACCCAGACACAUAUCUUAUUAUCCUCAGAUCCAGUGUUCUUCUACCCAGACACAUAUCUUAUUAUCUCCAGAUCCAAUGUUCUUCUACCCAGACACAUAUCUUAUUAUCUCCAGAUCCAAUGUUCUUCUACCCAGACACAUAUCUUAUUAUCUCCAGAUCCAAUGUUCUUCUACCCAGACACAUAUCUUAUUAUCUCCAGAUCCAAUGUUCUUCUACCCAGACACAGAUCUAAUCUUAUAUUUCCAAGAUCUGGUUGUUUCUUCCUAGAUCCAACCAUCUUCUACCCAACUCCCGUCCUUUUUUUCAUGUGUGCAGGUGUGUGCAUAAAACCACUUCUCUUUCAGUAAUCAGGAGAAUAUGCAAACACAAAGACACACUUGUAGUUCAGAGGCCACUUCAAACAAGGUUAUUGAAUUUAGAUGAGCUCGCUAGUGAAAAGCAACACGCACACAAUUUGCAAUUUAAAGGAUGCUUUUGUCGAGAGCCAUGUGAUCCUUCCUUUGAUCAGUUGCAUUUGUUCACUCCAUCCACAAAUCCCACCUUCAUAUGAGUAUUUGUCUGUCCUUCGUGAUUAAUGUCUUGUGAAUCUAACUAAAUCGAUAGAGAUGGGAUGCAGCUGAACUAAAGACGUGAAUUGAACUGAGGUAUUGAGAAGCUAACAUUGGGAUAUCUGAAGAUUUAUCAGUAUGACAGGUCCAGUGCAGGAUUCACACAGGCUGUCUGUGAAAACAUGGACAGAGGAGGAGAGUGACCGAGCUGACAGCACACUCAGCAGAGCACAAUCGAUGUGUGAUGACACUUCCUCAGAGCUUCAGAGAAUGGCGGCCAUUGAAAGAAGAGAUAUUAAUUCCCAGAAUUCCUUGCAUGGGCGAGGUGCUCUGUCCAGGAUAGUUAGUAUGGUGAUGACUCUGAGAGAAUGGGCGCAGAAGAGUUUGGCUGACGAGACCGAGCGACCAGAUUCCUUCUUGGAACGUUUCAGAGGUCCCACCGACACGGACAUACAAGCUCCGCCGAGCAGGUUCAGCCACAACCAAACUGGCUCUGAUAUGGAUCAUGAAAUCAGACGCUCUAGGCGCACGUGGAGGAAGUGUAAUGUCCAGGUCUUAUCACCAUCUGAUGAUGCAUACUACCACUGGCUGAUAGUGAUUGGUGCUGCGGUUUUUUAUAACUGGACCCUACUGGUUGUCAGGGCCUGUUUCGAUGAGCUUCAGAUGAGGAAUGUGUUGAUGUGGCUGAUACUGGACUACAUCUGUGAUGGAGUCUAUAUACUGGAUAUAGCCAUUCGUCUCCACACAGGUUUCUUGGAUCAAGGCUUGAUGGUGAAAGACAUGCGGCGUCUGAGAGAAUCCUACAUUCGAACGUUGCAGUGUAAACUUGACAUUGUCUCCAUCCUUCCGACUGACCUCCUGUACCUGGCCGUUGGAAUGAGCUACACUCCUCUUCUUCGAUUCAACCGGCUACUGCGUCUGCCACGUCUGUUUGAGUGGUUUGAACGUACAGAGACACGAACGGGCUACCCCAAUGCUUUCCGAAUUUGUAAGCUGGUUCUGUACAUCCUGGUGAUCAUCCACUGGAACGCCUGUGGAUUCUACAGUUUCUCCAAGGUCCUCGGAUUGGGCUCUGAUUCUUGGGUUUAUCCCAAUGCAUCAGAUCCUGAGUUUGGCUCCCUGACCAGAAGUUACAUAUACUGUCUGUACUGGUCCACUCUGACACUGACCACCAUUGGAGAGACACCUCCUCCUGUUAGAGAUGAGGAAUAUUUGUUCCUGAUAUUUGACUUUCUAGUUGGUGUUCUGAUAUUUGCCUCCAUUGUGGGUAAUGUUGGAGCCAUGAUCUCCAAUAUGAAUGCCACGAGAGCAACCUUUCAGAGUCGCGUAGAUACCCUGAAACACUACAUGCAAUUCAGGCAUGUAAGCAAAGUGCUAGAGCAGCGCGUCAUCCGCUGGUUUGAUUACCUCUGGACCAAUCAGAAGACAAUAGACGAACAGGAAGUGCUGAGGAGCCUGCCCAAUAAACUGAGAGCAGAGAUUGCUAUUAACGUUCACCUGGACACGCUGAAGAAGGUGCGUAUUUUCCAGGACUGUGAGGCAGGCCUCCUUGUAGAAUUGGUAUUAAAACUUCGACCGCAGGUUUUCAGUCCUGGAGACUACAUCUGUAGAAAGGGAGAUGUGGGUAAGGAGAUGUACAUAAUUAAAGAUGGCCAGCUGGCAGUGGUGGGGGAGGAUGGAGCCACCCAGUUUGCUGUUCUGACAUCUGGAAGCUGCUUUGGAGAAAUCAGCAUCCUGAACAUCAGUGGCAGCAAGAUGGGGAACCGACGUACGGCUAACAUUCGCAGUCUGGGAUACUCUGACCUGUUCUGCCUUUCCAAACAAGACCUGAUGGAAGCGCUUCUGGAGUUCCCCCACGCCAGGGCCCAGCUGGAGAAGAGGGGGCGGGACAUCCUGCAGAAGGAGGGGCUUCUUGAGGAAGUAAAUGUGUCUGCAGGGGAGGAGCUUGAGGAGAAGGUGGAGAGGCUAGAAACCAGUCUGGACCGGCUACAGACGUGUUUGGCCCGUCUGCAGAGUGAGUUCAACUCUUCCCAGCUUCGACUGAAACAGCGAAUCACCACCCUCGAACACAACGUCACCACAGUGGUCACAGGCAGCGGGUUCCUGUCAGACGGCAACGAAAGUGUUUUUGGUGGUGACGGUGUGCGCAGUGAAAUCAACAUCCGGCUAUGAAUAGACAUACUAUGAAAUUUGUUAUUGUUACUUUGUUUAUUAGUAAAAAUUUAAAUACAACUAAAUAAUAAAAUUGUAAACCCUCAUUUUGUUUAACUGACCAUUAUUUGAUUAUUUGACACAAUUAUGUGUAAAAUAGGUUUUGUCAUGUUUGUUUACUAGUUUGUUACUAGUUUACAAUUUUACCGAGUUUUUAAAGGAGAAUGAGAACAUAACCGUGUACUGUUUUAUUAUAAUACUAAUAAACUUUAUGUGUAUAGCACAUUUGUGUAUCAACUUAAAUGCAGCGUAAAUUACUUUUAACAUUUAAAACAACAAAUACAUUCAAAGGUUGCAGACACACAAUUUAGAAUGUAAUAAAAAACAAUAACUCUUUAAUGGUUAACACAGAUCUUAACCAAUACACUACUAUGGAACAUUAUUGGUUAAAGAUAACUAUCCACUUGACAUGUGUCUUCAAUUAGGUAUUUUUCCACUAGGGGGCGAAACAUCACUAUGAACGCUUGCUUCCUGCUAUUAGAACUAAAUAUUGCACUGAGAUGCAUCAAAGCAUCUUAAACUUCACAUAAGUCCAGUGGAUUUAUCUAUUUGUCGGAGCGUCUAAUGCUACCUGAAUAAAGAAGUGCUCAUACAUAUACAUACAUACAUAUACAUUUCAACUUCUUUAAAAACAUUUUUUGUUAUUUUCUUGGUUAUUUGUACAUUUUUUGAAGCUGUUCUCUUUCUUUCUUUCUCCAAUUGAAAAUAAAAGUGUAGAGGGAUUAUAUUUUUAUGUUGGUCAGAGCACUGAUUACUGAUGAUUAAAUGUCUUAUAUGCUUAAUGAAUGCAGACGAAAGAUGAGAUAACACAAGCAGUACUAUUAGUCUUCAGCAAAGUGGACUUCGCACAUGCUAAAAAAUAGAAACCUUUUCUUUUCUCUUCUCACUUUAAAUCUGUUUCUGUCUCUCUUUGUAAAAGCAGUCAUUCAUUUUAUUCAUUAUAUAUCCACUUUACUAUUAAAAUACU